AAGGACAAAAUUAGGUUUCGUUGUCGUAUUGUUAAUGCUCAUUGAGCUCUAUUUAUCCUCAUGCAAGUAACAAGAACAUAGUAUUCAGAUGCUGUAGCAGAUAAGGUUGGUAAUGGAUUCAUCAACACUAGGAACAGUUAACUUAGGGAAGUCAAUUAUAGUACCUAGCGUUCAAAAGCUGGUAGAAGAAGGAUCUCUCCUCAAGAUACCACCUCGAUAUGCAAUACUUGAUCAGGACUCUCCAACUGUUUUCGGCGAUGGGUCUUUGCUUUUAUCGGUUCCGGUCAUCGAUCUUGGAAAAUUGGUAGCCGGAGAUUCCAUGGAUUCUGAAUUGGAGAGGCUGGAUGCUGCUUGCAAAGAGUGGGGUUUUUUUCAGAUUGUGAAUCAUGGAGUGGGCACUGAUUUGAUAGAAAGCUUCAAGCUAGAAGUGAAGAAUUUAUUCAAACUUCCUUUUGAAGACAAGAAAAAGCUGUGGCAGCAACCCGACAAUUUUGAAGGGUUUGGGCAGCUCUUUGUGGUAUCAGAAGAGCAAAAGCUAGACUGGUCAGACAUGUUUGGUCUCCACACCCUUCCUCUCAAUGUCAGGAACAAUGAUUUUUUCAACAAAAUCCCUCCAAUCCUCAGAGAGACUUUGGAAACUUAUGCUACUGAAAUGAAAAAGCUUGCCAUAAAAAUUUUAGGCCAGAUAGCGAAAGCUUUAAAGAUGGAUACCGAAGAAAUGAAAGAGUUAACUAAUGAUGGUUACCAAUCAAUGAGAAUGAAUUACUAUCCUCCAUGCCCUGAACCAGAAAAGGCCAUAGGUCUUACUCCUCAUUCUGAUGCUGAUAUUUUAACAAUUCUGCUUCAACUCAAUGAAAUUGAAGGGUUACAGGUUAGAAAAGAAGGAAAAUGGAUCCCUGUUAAACCGCUUCCAAAUGCUUUUGUUGUCAACAUAGGGGACAUGAUGGAGAUCGUGAGCAAUGGUGUAUAUCGGAGCAUUGAACACAGGGCAACUGUGAAUUCAACAAAGGAGAGGAUCUCUGCUGCAACAUUCUACACUCCAAAGCUAGACGGUGUUUUAGGCCCUGCAGCCAGUCUAAUUGGUGCUCAUAAUCCAGCAAUCUUUAGGCAAGUUCAGGUGGGUAAGUACCUAAAGGAAUUUUUUGCACGAAAAUUGGAGGGCAAGUCCUACCUUGAGUGCAUGAGAAUAGAAGAUGAAGAAAACAGAAUUUGAAUCAAAAAAUGGUUGAACUCGGUUCUGGGAAUCCAAUGCAAGACUAGUUUUCGAUACCCAUAUGCAUUAGGUUCUUUUCGAAACUGUAACAUAUUAAAAUCUAUAUUAUUAUUAUUAUUAUUAUUAUUAGUAUAUAAACAGUGUCAUCUGAUAUAUAUACUCCUUAAUUCUAAAUCUUGUUUAUCUUA